AUGACCGCCGCACCAGGCAAAGUUCUCAGGUUUGGUGGUCCAGGAGCUACUAUUUUAAAUCCUGACGGAGUUUACACUACAACACAGCGACAAGCUCUUGUUACCUUUCAGUCUGAUCCUAUUAUUCAACAGUCUGGGUUUCAGUGCAGAUACGACUCGGUCUACACUGCUACACCAUGUAAUCGUGAUAUUGUUAUAAUGUUGAGCGGAUUAUCAACUGUUGGUACGCAGAACAACUUUUUAAAGCAACUGGACUUUGUCGCUAAUGCUCUAACCUCCACUUGGACAGUUGCACCAGACAAGAUUCGUGUAGUGAUUGAUCUAUUGACAAUUUAUGAUGAAUUGAGGAUAUUUAAGAUAGAUGCCGAUUACGCCGUGAUAUGGACAGCUGAUGAUUUAUCGGAUAAUCAGAAACUUACGCAAACUGUCCUUGGAAUGACCGAGGAUGUUCCUGAUGUUACACAGAACAAUAAUACCGAUCUUACAUGUAUCUUCAAAUACGCACAAGGAGCCGUGAGUUUUGAGUCGAAGGAGGACAAGGAACGAAUUGGCAUCAGCAAAGUCGUUAUAGCACUUGUACCACAAAAUCCAAAGUAA